AACAGAUUAAAAUUUAACAGAAUUAAAUUUUUCUAACUUUUAUUUUUUAAGAAAACAAUUAAUUAAACACGCUAUUAAUUUUUACGUAUUUAAUAAUCCCGCACUUACAGAUGAAGACAACAUGGCGAUUCGUAGUUAAAGGGAUUUUGUAUGUCAAUAAUAAGUUUGUUUUAACCGGAUAAUUUCUUUAAUUUUUAACUUGUCAUUCCAAAUAUAAAUAUGUGGAAUAUGAUAUUACAUUGAAUUUAAACAAGAGAAUCAUAAUUAAUCAUUGGAAAAUGGCAGAUUCACAAGAUAGCAAUGAUUCAACACAAGAAAAUGAUACUAAAGAAGUGGAAAGUUUAUUGGCUGUUGAAGAAAUAUCAGAUGCCAAUAGUAGUACUAAAGAUGCUGAAAAACAGCCUAGUGUUAAGAGAAGAUUAAAAUCAAUUGCAUUUGGAAGACACAAAAGAAUCCCAAAAGAUCCAUCAAAGAAAAAAAGAAAAGGUACAUGGGCAUUUAAGCUUGGAUGCCAUAUGCGUCCCAGAACUAUAUCCAAUGCUUCUGAAACAUCAGGAAGAUGUAGUUCAUGCAUAUGUACUAGUUAUAAAAGAACUGAAGAUAAUUUUGUUAUGGAAAAUGAAGGAUGUAAUGAAACUGUUACAACCUCUAAUUCUGCUGCUGCAGCUGAAUGCCAGACUGUGCCACAAUAUUCAUUGGCUUGUGAAAAUCUUGAAAACCAAUCCAGUUCUUCAACUUGUAAUGAAUUUAUAUUAAUGAAAAAUACAGAUACUAGUCAUUCUGACAUUUCUUCUAGAAAUUACCAUCCAUCAGAUCUUCGUCACAAUCAAGAACUGGCAAGAGAAAUUUGGGAAAAUCAUUCAGCAAAUUUUUCUUUAAUAAGUGCAGAGUUUCAACUUUCUGAACUUACGCUCACAUUUCAUAGAAGAGUUAAUUUAAGUGUUAUUCCAUAUUUAGAGAGAUUAAAUAGAGCAGAACAAUUUUCCACUGUUUUAAACAGAGGAUGUGAAAAGGCAACUGAAACUAUACAGUCUUUACCUACUAUUCAUACUCGUGUUGACUAUGUACAUUGCUUAGUACCUGAUUUGUUGGAAAUUGCUAAUUGUAGUUUUUAUUGGGGUAAAAUGGAUAGAUACGAAGCAGAAAAACUGUUAGAAAAUAAACCUGAAGGUACUUUCCUUUUACGGGAUAGCGCGCAAGAAGAAUAUCUAUUUUCAGUUAGUUUUCGUCGGUACGACAGGACACUUCAUGCUCGCAUUGAGCAGUGGAAUCAUAAAUUUAGUUUUGAUCCUCUUGAUCCAGGAGUAUUUGCAGCUAGUACUGUAUGUGGUUUAAUUGAACAUUAUAAAGAUCCCAGUUGUUGCAUGUUUUUUGAACCAAUGUUAACUAUACCACUUCAUCGUACAUUUCCUUUUUCACUUCAGCAUUUAUCCCGUGCUGUAAUCUGCAGCCGCAUCACUUAUGACAGCAUCAACAAACUUACAUUGCCAAAAAGUUUGAGAAUGUAUCUGAAAGAGUACCAUUAUAAACAGAAAGUCAGAGUUCGUUGUUUGGAUAGUGAUCAUUAAAUUUAAAAUUUGUUUGAAAUUCUAGAAAAUUUUAUUUUAAUCCUUUCUUUGUUAAAAUAGAUAGUGUCAUUCUAAAUUCUCUCCUCCUUACUAUUGAUUUAUUAAAUUUAUAUACAUAUGCAAUUUCUUAUUAUAUGUAAAAUUUUAAAAAUAUCAAUUCCAAUAUUGAUAAAAAUUGUUUUUAAAAACUUUCAAGCAA